AUGUACCAAAAAGCAAAAGUCCAAAGUUCAGCUUCAGAGUACGGUAGCACUACUGCAUUCAGUCAGGAUACUGUAGGUACGAUAAUCCAGCCCAAAGAACAAAGUGAAGCAGUUGAGGCAAUCCGUCAGAGAUACCAUCUCAUUCAAAUGGCCUUCUCAACCAAAGCAACAAAGGAAGAACAAACUCAAUUGGAGAAGAUUCUAGAACGUCAUCAAGAAGAAGAAGGCAUCAAAAAGGUUUUGGAAGCUUUGCGAACGGAACAAUUACAUUUCAGCAGCUUUACUACAAGAACUUUGACCAAAGCUGUGGAGAAUGCGUUGGAGAAGAUGCCCGAGCAAGAAGGACAAGAACAAGUUGUAGCCGAAGCUGUGAGAACCGUGAUGAGCUUGGCUAUUCGUGAAGCUGUUAACGAAAAUGCAUUUGCUAUGAUAAAGAGCUGCGAGAAGGCAUCAGAAGCGACUUUGCUGAUGACGUUGGCUUCUGUGGAGUCGUUGAUGGGUAACGUCAUAGCGCCAUUGGAAGAAGAAACCCACAUGCAAACGGACAUCGAGUGCACAUCGAUAGAAGCUGUUUCGAAAACACUGCCGGAGAAGUCAAAGGCUUUCUGGGGACAAAACUUCAAAGCAGAAGAAGAAAAAUUGACUGCAGAUUUGGGAAGAAGCGCUCAAGAAGGGAGAAUUGAAGAUGAUCGGUGA